GUAUUCUAGGAUUGGCUUUUGAUCCUUACUCCUCAUCAGAAAUAAUUACCACUAGUUCUUUAGGAAGAUACUAGAGUAACCCCAAUAUCAUGGAUCCCAUUCCCAUCCAGAUUCUGAAGUUCCAGGCAAUUCACAAGCACAAGAAGCAUCAAAAUCAGCCUUUGAUCAGUCUCUUUUAUUGUUUGACAAUAUUAACUUGCGGUCUUUUUUGUUCUAGCCCUUUGUGGUUUCCUUCCUUUUCCUUUUCCAUGAAGGGUUUUUUCUUCAGUUUUUUUCAAAUGAUGAGCUCAGUCUUGCUGAACUCCAAGUUUGUGUUCAUACUAGGCAACAUCAUUGUUAUUGCUCUUGUUGGAGAGUCCAAAAUCUUUUCAACAGUAUCUUCUACACCUAAUAUUCAUGUUGAAUAUGAGGAAAAUAUCAAAAGGUGCCAAAGGUUUCAGCCCUUUUCAACCUCCAAAGAGAAGGAACCUGAAUUGGUGAACUCUGUUGUUGAAGAAAGUGGACUACUGAAGAACUCUCUUGUUGAUGAAAGGGUACAACUGAAGAUGAGCUCUUCAGGAGAUGGAGAGCAAGCUAUAGAAGGAAAAGUAUGUAACGACCAAAGUAGGAAAUUAGUACUGAUGGAGGAGGUGAACGAUGAUAUAGAUGAGGAAGAUGAAGAGGUCAGUUUGCCUGAGGACCAAGAUGAAGAAGAGCUCAGUUUUCCUGAGGACCAGCAAUUCAACAAAAGAGCGGAUGAUUUCAUUGCAAGGGUGAAUGAAAGAAGACGAUAUGAACUGCUACUUUGUAAUGGUGAAUAAUAGGAAAUAACUAGUUUAUAUUUAGGAGCACGUUUGGCCCUUGAGCUUCAAACUAGAAGUAUUGCGUGCUCUUAUAUUAGCACUGUCGUGUUGAAGUAUUGGGUGGAGAUGACCUAUAUAUGAUGUGUUUUUAUGUAAACAGACUUACAGAGAGCUUCCAUUGUGGGACUUCUUGUCAAUUUCUAGAUCGAAGAACUCCUGGUGUCAUGCGUAUUAUG